AUGCCUGCCUUUUGGGAGGCUCAUGCCUAUGCGGGUGCUUUGUCACAGGUGGCGGGGCAGCCACCACACGUCUCGCCGUCGCAAGCGAAAGCGCAGCAAUUGCCGCAACAGCCGUUGCAGGCACAUCAUAUGCCCCGCAUGCCACAGCAUACGGUGCCGCAGCAGCAGAUGUCGCAGCCUACCCAACACUCACGCCUACAUGCAUCCGGGACGAACCCAGCAGCACCCAGCCGCACGCAUCAGGUGCAGAUGGCUGGGAGUCGACAUGGAGAGCAGACUUCCAACGCCGCGGAGAUCUCCGUGGCCGCGCUGGCGUCGCUGUGGACGAAGCCGAGCGCCCGCGGAGAGCCGAUUCCGCAGGGAGAGACCACGGAGGAGGCUCCCGGGAUCACAGUCGGACAAGUCAAUGUCUCAGGCGUGAUCUGUACCAGGGCGACUUGGAAGAUCGAAGACGUCCGAGAUAAGUUGCAGGCCACCUUGGGCCGCCCUCUCGUCUCGCCGCCCUUUCGGGCACGUGGGCUGCCGAAUCUGCGGCUCAUGGUUUUCCCGGAUGCGCGCGAGGCAGCGAAAGGAGUAAGACAGCGGGAGCGCAAAGGCCUGUAUGCGACAAUGGUGAAGAAAGGACCGGUGCACGGUUCCCUUUGUUUGAAAGCAGAUUGCUUGCAAGAUGGCGCGACGGUGCUUUGCUACAACCUGACAGUGGGGAAGGAGCGACGUGGACCGUUCACCUACGACUACAAAGAGAAAGCCGUGAAUGGCUGCGAGGAUUUCGGCAUAGAUUGGUUGAAGGAGAUCGACGACUGGGAAGCGUUGGAUGUCGGAGUCGAGAUUUUGGAUGUGAUAGACAAGUCGGAGCGCCAAGCAUAUCCGCUGCGUGCUGGGCAGCGAAGUUGGCAAGACGGCCACUUCGGAGCCGAGUCAUACGAAAACUAUGCAGCUAUGAAGCUCGGGGUCAUUCAACGCGACCUCUUUGCGGUUGUCCUUUGCAAAGGCCUCAUGUCGAAGUUUGGAGCACCGGAAGUCCUGGAUUUGCUCAGAGUGUCCGAGGAGGACUCAACAGUUGCGGUCUUUGGACCGGAUGCCGGGAGAGGACAGGACUCCGAUCCCUUGGCGAUGGAGCGAAGGCCGUUGGAAGAGCUCGGCGCCUUCGCUUCUCUGGAUCACCUGAGCGCGGAGAGCGCGUUCACCAUCAGAACGGCCAUGUACCCCAAGUCCAACCAAGAAGCACAGACAAAGAAAUCAUCUAUCAAGCCAGGUCUCGAUAUGCCUGGGACGAGGCAACUGCGGGAACCCUGA